UAUUGGAUACUCAAAAUGCUAGCUGGUACUUUUCCUGACUUGCAGUUCAAUCAUGUAAUUUAAAGCCAGGUGGAUUAACCUUGUAAACCAUCAGUUAGUCUUCAGCUAGAUAUCUACACUCAAUAUGAACACCAACGGGAUGAACUCUGAUGUACCAAGUAGGGGUGGUAAUAAUAAUGAGGGUCUAAAUGAUAACAAUGGGGCUCUAAAUGAUAACAAUGGGGCUCCUUUACAUAACAACGUCGCUGCUUAUAACAACGAGGCUCCACCCUCAUACGAAGAAGCAACAUGUGGAAUAUAUCCCCAGAAUGGUAUAGCUCUCCCCCAGGAUCCACCCCCAAGUUAUGGCCUCCCACCCAUGCCAGAUGGGAGACCUCCACGAUAUCUCGCACCCUUGGAAAAUUUCUCAAAGGUUUACAACAGUUCGAAUUCAGCAACACCAUAUAAUGACCAUUCGAGGUCAGUAAUGGCACCACUACCUCCAAUAAAUGUAAGAGUUAGAGACACUGAUAAUGAUGGUGAAUAUGUCCCAAUGGAUGAUACAACUUCUGAUAGUAAUGAAACCAAUGAUCCUGAUAGAGGUGACUCGACAACUGCUGAGUUUAACAUGGCAGUCGAUGCACCUAACAAACCUCUUACAUUCACUGGGGAACAUUGGAUCGCACUUAUUAAUUCCUCAAAAUUAUUAGGUUGGUUUGCUAUAUAUCUACCAAUGAUUAGCAUUGUGAAUCUUAUCAAAAAGACCUCAAUGUGGCAGUUAUUCAAUGGCAUGUGGGGUGGAAUGAUUCUGCUCGGAGUCUCAUUAGUGGCACAUCAUCUCCACAAACUACCAACAGAUCAGCCGAAAAUGAAACUGUACAAAUUGCUGACAUCAUUGUUAUAUUUGAGCGUGAUUGCUUGUCCAGCAAUGAUGGCGAUAUCAGCCUAUGGGAUGUACCUCGAUAGAGAAGUGCACAUCUAUGGAGACACAUGUGGGAGUUUAGAAGAGGGCUGGACCUGUGAAGAUAAUGUUACGUUAUAUGAUGACACCAACCAGACAACCUCACAUGCUUAUAUCAUAGGAUUUAACAUGAGGCAGAAGCUUGGCUGUGCUAAUCUUGUGUUGGCUUAUGUACUGUUUGUGUUAACUCUGAUGGCACUCAAUGUUAAGUACAACCACGCGAAUAACAAACCAUCAACAUAUUAUGUCGAUGAACUUGAGAGAGG